CCUCGCGCCGCCCGGCGCCGCGCGAUGACGUCACCGCCCCCGCCGGCUGCGGCCUCGCGCUCCGCGCCUGCGCGGUAACGCCCCGCCGCGUGCCGAAUCCUCUCGUGCGUCGUCGCGCCGGUAACGGCUGUUGCGUCUUGCGCCUCCUAGCGCGGCUGCGGGCGGCGCUGCGCACGGAGCUUCGUCCUCGCUUCGUCCUCGCUUCGCUUCGCCUCGCGGCGGCCCGAUCGGCUCUUCACGUCCGGCAUCGCGGCGUUGCGGCUCUGCCCUCGUCGCUGGCCCUUCCCUUCGUCGCUCCGCGCUUACAGCCGGCAGGACAGGCUCCGCACCGAGCGGUGGGAAUCCCGGCCCCCUCCUCCCGCGCCCUUGGGGCCGUUGCCGCAGCUCGGACCCCUCCGCCCCGUGGGACGAGGGCCACAUCUGAGCGCUGGUCCGCUAAGGAGCGACUCCGUGCAGGGGAGGGAGCGGGGGUGGAGCAGCGCUUUGGCAAGAUGUCCUCGAGGCAGCGGUGCAGGAGGGCGCGCCAGAAGCCCUAUCUGCGUCAGGCUGGGCCGCCGCCUCCACGUGCUCGUGGCCCCCAGGAUGACUGGCGCGAUCCUCUGUGGGAGCAGCAGCACUGGAGAGCCAGGGGAAGAAUGCAUCUGCCCAGUGCCAGGCAGCCCAGGCCUUUCCAUGGCCCUGCUGACAUGCGCCGCAACGAGGAGAAAUGGAGAAGGGCACCCCGAGACCGUGAUGUGCCACCGCCUCCCUCACACCGCAGAGAGGACCAGCAGAGCCGUGAGCCCAGUGAGUACUUGCUGAGGACCUCUGUGCAGGGAUCAGGGCUGGAGCAACGCUUUGGCAAGAUGUCCUCGAGGCAGCGGUGCAGGAGGGGGCCCUGGACCUUUCCCUGGGGGCCCUAUCCGCGUCAGGCUGGGCCGCCGCCUCCACGUGCUCGUGGCCCCCAGGAUGACUGGCGCGAUCCUCUGUGGGAGCAGCAGCACUGGAGAGCCAGGGGAAGAAUGCAUCUGAUACCACAGCUGCGUCACCGGGACUUCUUGGCCCAGCCUGAGUUCCCCAGCCAGGAGCAGCGUCCUGCUGGAUUCCCAUGGGAGCAAGAAGCCUCCUGGGACAACUGCUUCCCCCGGCGCCACUAUGGCCCACGCCGGAGACGCUACCGACUCCUUCGGCCCAUCCAGCAGGAGACAGCAGACUACAGCCGUUCUCCCCGCAGCUCCCAAGGCUACCAUCCAUCCUGCAAGCCCUCUCGGUCCUGCUCCCCGGAGAGCCAGCCAGGGGUCAGAGAGCAGCUCGCUGCUCCCCAGUCACCUGCUGCCUGCAGAAACAGUCUGCAAAGCCAGCAGCAGGGCCAGCUGGUGGCGAGCAGCGAGGCGCCGCAACAGCCCGGGCAUGCAGCGAAGAACCCAGAGAAGAGCCUGGGCACUGACCCCCAAGCAGCAGAGCAGGAGCCAGCGGCAGGAGCAAAGCCAGUUGAGCCCGAAGGAGGAGAGGGAGCUGCAGACAACGAGCAGCUCUGUGCCCUGGAGUUGGAGCCAGUCUCCUCGGAGACAUCCAGCACCAGCGAGGAGGAAGGCUUGGAGCUGAUCCCGCUGGAAGUUACUGCAGAGCCCAGCAGCACACAGCCCAGCACGGCCGGCUCCAGUGUCUGCACUGAGGCAGCAGCACCAGCCAGGAGCGGGCAGCCUCCUUGGGCUUGGACAGAGCUGGCUGCAGGUUUCCAGGGCUUACCCCGCCCCCCGCGCUCCGCACAUUCCGGCACGGACCUGCGCUCCACCGCCAUCCUCACCAAGAAGGAGAGCAUCGAGCAGGGCUACCACGACUUCUGCCUCCAAUUUGCCCUGGUGUCCGCGAUGCUGCUGCAGAAGGAGCCCUCCAUGGAGGCGCUGCUGAUGAAGGCGCUGAGAGCCAACCUAAGCGAGCUCCGCAACCAACUCCUCAAGGAGCUGCAGGACUUCAUCCAGCACUACGAUGCCACGCACCCCAGCUGCUGAGGAGGGAGCUGUGGGGCUGUGCUGGCACAGCCUGCGCUGGGGCUGCAAGGAUGUGCUGCCGUGGGCCCUCCUGGGGG